AUGAAUCAUCCUGAAAAAGUAACCGAAGAAUUUCUCAUCUGCAAAAAAUGCUGUCAAAAUCGUUCGUUGAAAUCGCCGACGACGCUGCUUUCAUGUGGCCACGUCAUCUGCCUGACGUGCGCCACUGAUUGCAACAUGAAGGACAAGCAGGACUGCUACCAAAUUUUGUGUCCAAUUUGUUGCCUGCCCACUGUCCUUCCACUCAGGGGGCCUACCCAACUACCAAGAAGUUUGUACAAGGAGAAGCAGAUGGACCAUCUUUUGAGGAGAAAUAAUGCGGCACUGGGCAGGCAGCAUGCUCUCUACUGCAUUGAGAAGUUUUGUCUUGAUCCUGAAACUUUCUACGCCCAGUUGUAA